AACUGCUGGUACAAAAUUGAGGCAAAACGCACCACGUGAGCGGCAAUUUCUGUUUUUUCCGCGCACCAAAUUCUCUCACAAGAAUCUCGUAUGAACAAAAUUAUACGUUCUGUGUGGGCCUAAGUUAUUUGUGGUUGAUUAAAGUGGUUGUUUAUGUUGUUCACUGAAGUUGGUGAAUUUGCCGUUUAGUACUGUUGCAUGCAAUGGCUGAUGAUAUUUCAAGGGAUAAUAAUUUGAUGGAUUUUUGUUCGAUUAAAUCUUUGGACCCACUUGUUAAUUUCGGUGUUAGAAUUGGGUCUUCGUCGAAUAAGUUAGAAACUCGUGAUGUUAGGAUAGAGGAGAGAAUUCGGAAACUCAUGUUUGUUGCUACUCGUGUUAGGCAGAAGAAGUCUCACCAAGUGCAAGAUUCUAAGGAAAUUAGAAACUUUUCAGGCGAGAUUUUGGUUAACUGGGAUAGAGAGAAAAGUGGAAACGAUAGAAUUAAUGUUGAAGAAAAGACUUCUAAGAAUGGAAAGAGUUUUAAAAGGGACAGUUCCCAUUUGGUAGGGAAAGCAUUAAAUAUGUUGGAUUUUGAGUUUAAGAAUGCCGAUAAGGAGGGUGGAAGUUUUUAUGAUUGUAAUCUAUGCUUUGACAUGGCGAAGGAUCCUGUCUUGACUUGCUGCGGCCACAUGUUUUGUUGGCUUUGUUUUUAUUUGCUACCUUAUGUUUAUUCGACUAUUAAGGAAUGUCCAGUAUGUACAGGGGAGGUGUCAGAUAAUGCCGUAAUUCCUAUUUAUAGCAAUGGGAGUGUUGAGCAUGUGUCUGAAGUAGAAUGCGGCUUGAAGAUACCUCCAAGGCCCAAGGCACGUAGAGUUGAGAGCUUUAGGCAGCAGGGAGUGGGCCGAAGUCUGUCUUAUGCUUCCGUUGCACAAGCACUAAGGGAAAUUACUGGUGCAAUGGGGAGUCAAACACGGCAACAGGGUGGAAAUGGUAACUCCAGUUUAAACUUUGAGUCUCAUGGGGUACUAAACGCAGCAGAUCCACAAAGAAACCACGCUCUUGCAAUCCGACCAGAACGAAGAGUAUUAUCAGAAAGAACUGCUUUUAUGGGUUCCGUUUCAUUUGCUUUAAAUAAUUCAGGAAGAUCAGUUGAGGAUCGUGAAACAGUUGUUAACAAUUGGAUUCAAGGAAGUGAUGAUAGGACUUCAAUAGUUGGUGUCGGAAAUUAUCUUACCAGCUAUUUUACUACGCUACGAUCUUAUAACCGGCCUCCAGAAUCAAGGGUGGAGAUCAAUUCCGCUUUGCCCAUUUCUUCAUCUUCCCAAGCAAGUGAUGUUUCUGGUGCUGUUGAAGGUUUCAUGACAUUGACUGCUAUUGGGAUCAAUCCUCCUGUGGAUCCUUCUCCAUCUUACUGGGGAAGAACCAUUCCACCAAAUGCUUCAGAUGUAGAGAGUGAAGACUCCCAUGAAUCUAGAAGGAGAAGAUUGAACUGAAUGAUUUGUAAACGAGGAAACGUAGUAAAUAAGGCUCUCAUGUAGAAUAAAAUUUCAGUACAUUGCUUAAAGUAACUUUUUAAGUAUUAUAUUACUAUUCAGGGAGCAAUGAUAAAAAACAUUAUAGUAUGUUGAUA